CGAAUAAGGUCAAGCUGAACAACAAACCUGGGUGACGGUAUUAUGUAGCAGACGUUCAGGAUCUUUUACGACGGUGAUAUAACAAAGCUAUUGUGAUAUAUCUUCUUACCGUUAUGUGAAAUUUACCGGAGUAAAAAAAACGAAGUAUUUAUCAACAAGAAUCGAACUAAAAAUGUCGGACGCGUCACCAGACGAUUCUAAAAUUCAAAUUGUGGAAAGUGAAGGGGAAAACAAAUCGUACAAAUAUCAGUUCACUUACGAGCGAGCUACUUUAUAUGAAUAUAAAUUUGAACGAAAGGCUGUUCCCGACGCCAAGGAUCCGUGCUUUAGAUGUAACAAAAGAGUUCCCAGGAAAGAACAGAUCGGAAUUGAGGAGUUGCUGUUUCACAAGCAGUGCUUUAGAUGUCGUAUUUGUGGAUUACCGUUGUCGUCACAAACGUAUCAUCGUAAUCCAGUUAAUGGAUCGAACGAUAAUGAAGUUUAUUGUAAAACACAUGUGGGUAAAACAAUAGGAGAAAUAAAAGGACAGCAACAAUUGCAUAUCACCCAUAAUGAUUCACCUAAUAACAAUAAUGAUAAAUACGACAUACAGAUUGAGGGGAAGUCAAGACAAAGACCUGCAGCCAUUAAACCAACACCAUCACCCAGGAAUUCCCCCAGAGGCAGUCCUCACAAUCAGAGCCUACAACACAGCCCGGCUUCUAGCUUGGCAAGUGUCACUCCUAGGAGUAUGAUGAUGGAGACUCCACCGAGUGCUUGGACUACCCACUCACCUCAUGCUCUAGACUACAGUGCAGCUAAUAUUAGCUAUGGCAGUAUGAAGUCAUUUGAUCACCCAAAGCCGAUUCUACAAAGUUAUAACGAUUUUGAGAACAUGGGAAUAUUUGAAGCACAAUCUUUCUUAGAACAAAGACAUAAAGAGGAAGAGGAGAGGCUACAGAGAUUUUUAUUGGAGGAGAGAGAGAAAGAGAUGCGACGAUUGGAUGAAUCUAUAGAUAUAGAGAAAGAUAGAGCAGCGUCUGAUCUACUGGGAAGUUUAGAUCAAAUGACUAUACAAAAUAACUCACGGAAUCUGAUGUAUGAGAAAGAAAGAAUUGAAGAACAUUUUAAACGUUUACGAGAUGAAAGAUUGAAAUCGGUAACUGAUAAAACAGCAUCAGAAGAAAAAGCCAGAAGUACCAAAAUGUUAGACAGACAUUGUCAUGAAAUGAUGGCACUGAUAGCAGAAAAGGAACGUGAAUCUAAUCGAGAUGUUUUACACGAUCAUUCCAUGAAACCACCAAUUUUACCACCAGAAACAAAGAAAUCAUCACUGUAUAGAACACCAGCUCAUUUUGAAACAUUGGAUAAACGAGCGGUUGAUUUAUCCCACCGAGAUUACAAUACACAUACAGAAUUAGUACGAGAUUUAACCAGAGAUUGUCAUAAUGAAUUAGACAAGGUUCGUGUUAUAUUUAGAUGGGUUAUUGCUAAAGAUUUAAAUAAGAAUUCAGUAACAGAGAUAGUUCAUCCUAAUGCUACAACUACUUUAUUAAAAGGUGUUAAAAGUGGCAAGGAGACCUAUCACCAUCUCUUUAAGAAACUGUGUUGCUAUGCUGGUAUAUACUGUGAAAUCAUACUGGGCUAUUCUAAGGGUGCUGGAUAUAAACCAGGUAUGAGGAUGGAAGGGGCAACAUUUAGAAACUCCUGGACCUCAGUAAAUAUCGACGGUAGCUGGCGAUUGGUUAACUGCACAUGGGCAGCAAGACACGUAACAGGUCAUCGUGAUGAUCUUCCCCAGCUAUUCCACAAAUACGACGAGUUUUAUUUCCUCACCGACCCUGAAGAUUAUAUCUAUCAACACUAUCCAGAUGAUCCGGCUUGGCAGCUUUUAGAAAUUCCACUUCCUUUCUCCGAGUUCCUGAACUUACCAGUGGUGAAGUCUCCUUUCUUUAACUACGGCUUGCGAUUUUACUCCAACUACGGCGCCACUCUUAACACGAGCACUGGCAUGGCGGAAAUUCGAUUGAUUAUGCCGAAGAUUCUUGGAUUUGGAUCGCUUCUAGAGCCCUUGGACAAAUCGGUCGGUGAUGCGAGACAAAUGGAAGGGAGGACUUUAUUACGUUUGGUUAAAAACGACGCCAUCUUUACUGUGUCCUUGCCUAGGCCGGGAUAUUAUUAUUUUUCCGUGUACACGGGUGACUAUUGGCAUUCAGAGUGCUUAGAGAGUGCGUGUAGUUUUCUGAUCAACUGCACGCAAAUAUCCGGUUCCGCCUCUCCAUCGUACCCUCCUGUCCCUUUCUAUGGCGCCACCCCAGUCAUGGAAAAGCUAGGCCUUACCACAGAAGGUGGCGCGGAUCCGUUAAUAGUAUGUAACAGUGAUUAUCUAGAAAUCAAAUUUAAAACGAUCCAAGACGUUAAAGUGACACAUACGUUUCAAUAUUAUGACGUCAAUGAUGAAUCGGUGGAAGACAUUGAUAGGUAUGUGUUCUUACGCUCACGGACUGAUACCGCAGCGAACUAUUUAGUGCGGUGCCCUAAAGAAGGAUUCUACAUUUUUUCGCUAUUUGCUGCUGGUUCCGACAGCAAGGGAGAAACAACAAACUUAGAAUGUGCAUUUCGUUAUUUGGUGAUUUGCCAGGAACCGAGUCCCAGCACUGCAGCAUUUCCAAAGACCUUUCAUAAAUGGCAGAAGUGUACUUUGCAUGAGCCAAUAUCCGGCGAUCUUAUGACCAACAAACGUUAUAACUUCAAACUUGAUGUUCCGUCCGCAGUCGAAGUCUUUGUGGUUAUAGGCGACUUCUGGAAUCAUCUGAAAAGAAAGGUCGGCUUCACGUGGGAGGGGAAUAUCAUGACGUCAAAAGAUGACGUAGCUAAAAUUAUUGCAAGAUUUCAAGCUGGGCGAGAUCAGUCGACGUUUCCACAAUUACUUGAAUAUCAAUUGGUGCAAGAUGUUGAAACGGAAAUAUAAAAGAACAAAUGUUUAUUUUCAUCUUUGAUUACAAAUACUUCUUGUUAUUUUCCCUCCAUAUUUUCUCUGCCAGCUAAACAUUCAAAUACUUCAAAUCUGGCUUGAAAACUUAUAUUAUUAGACACAAGUGUAUUAUGCGCCAUAAAGACGUGUUGUGGAUAUGGCGUUUUAUAAAUUGACAUAUUAUUUUAUUAUUUUAUAAACACACAAAUUAUCAAAGACACAUCAUUCUGAUUUCUAUUUGUUCCUAAAUAGACCCACACCGUGAACAGCACCCCAUAUAUCCUUGAAUUAAAUAUAAAUUAUAUCGGUAGCUCUUUAAUCACUUGUUUCGGUUCUAAGCAUUUAAUACGGUUUUGGCUGGAUGCCAAGGUCAUUAAUAAUACUAAGUGCAGGAGAACCCCUCACAUCCGCAUACAUAAACAGUCCUCCCCCUCCUCACACACACACACACACACUCGUACAACAUAUAUUAAAUUCCACAAAUAGCCCUUCUUCAUUAGCCACUGUUGGCACAGAAAAGUAGGACGCUAAACCUCAUUUCUUUUCGUAUUGUUAACUAUUACAAAUCUGUUCGAAGUUAGCCCUGUAUUUUGCCAAAUAUGUCGACGACGUCCAACCCCUCUCAGGUUCCACAAGGAGAAGCAUUAAUUCCUGUUUUAAUGAGUUAAUGAUUGAUUAAAUGUUAAUUGUGACAAACACUAUUCCAUAAAAAGUUCGACAUGAAUAUAACUUCGCUAUCCCAAAAAUUAAGGCAGCAUUUAUUAUCAAAGAUUGCUUGUAGUUAGUUACCUUGUCUCAUUAUAUUUAUUUCUCUAUUAGAUAGUUAGUAAAUACGCUUAUAGAUUAUCUUAGACAGAUUGAUUUGAAAUAGACACCUUUGUACAAAAUGAGCUGCAAUGUUUACCCGUAUGGACGUGUAGCUUUAUUUAAAAUAGUAAACUUCGAAACAUUGUUCCAUGUUAAAACGAUGUAAUUGAUUUAAUCAGUUAUUGUCUGACCUUAGACGUUUUUGCAAGGAACUGUGUUAUAAUCCCGCAAAGUGUACAAAUUGUAAAAAUUCUUGCCAUUUUAUAUUCGUACUUCAGUUCGCCAUUAUAUAUUAAUAUGAUUUUCGUACUUCAGAUCGCCAUUAUAUAAUAUUAUCAUUUUCGUACUUCAGAUCGCCAUUAUAUAGUAUAAAUAUUUUCGUACUUUAUUUCGCCAUUAUAUAAUAUUAUUUUCGUAAUUCAGUUCGCCAUUAUAUAAUAUUAUAAUUUUCGUACUGUAGUUCGACAUUAUACAAUAUUAUUAUUUUCGUACUAAGUUCGACAUUAUAACAUAUUAUUGUUUUCGUACUACAGUUCGACAUUAUGCAAUAUUAUUAUUUUCGUACUUCAGUUGGAUAUAAUACAAUAAUAUUAUUAUUUUUUUCGUACUGGAGUUCGACAUUAUAUAAUACUAUCAUGAAAUGUAUGUAGAACUUUAUUUAUUUAUAUAUAAAAUUGCUUUUAUGUAUAUACUUGAUAUCAAUCAGAUUAGAAUACAAAACUAACUUUCGUUUCCUUUUUUAUACCUUCAACAACAUUUGAACGUUAAAAAACGAAACGAAUUACGACCCGAGUUUUAAUCAAAUUAAAUUGAUUUGAUAUAAUACAUUAUAUUAUAGUAAUAUUUUUAAUAUAAUAAUUUUAUUCAUCAUAAUAUCUGGUUUUUAAUUCAAUGCUUGUAUUGUAUGUUAUUUAUUACGUGCGUGCAAUAAAACA